CACAAACACACACACACACCAUGGACCAAGGCUUCAGUUUAAAUACACUGAAGAAGCUGGCAGCAGAACCAGACUACACUGACGUGUCAUUGACAGCGGCGGAACGUGUUCGGGCGCUGGGGAAGAUGGGAUGCAAUGUGGAGAUCAACGAGGACAUUGCGCCACGACGCUACUUCCGCUCCGGGGUGGAGAUGGAGCGCAUGGCGGCGGUUUACCUGGAGGAGGGCAGUCUGGAGAAUGCUUACGUCCUCUACACCAAGUUUAUCACUCUGUUUGUAGAGAAGCUGCCCAGUCAUAGAGACUACCAGCAGUGCAGCGUCCCAGAGAAACAGCUCAUCAUGAAGAAACUGCAGGAGGUGGCGUUUCCUCGUAAAGACGAGUUGAAGAAACGUCUUCAGGAGAAAUACAGCAGGGAACAUACCGAGUACCUCAGAGCCCAGAGCCAGGCUGUGGUGAGGGAUGGGUGUGGCCAGCAGCUGCAGCGCCUCUCCUUAUUGGAUGAGGACAGGAGGCGGGUCCUUCUACUGGAGGGGGAGAGGCAGCGGGUCGCCACCCUGCGACGGAUGCAGAUCGAAUCAGAACAGUUUCGUUACUUUGAGGACCAGCUGAGGCGUCAGGAACUAGCCAAUAGGAGAGGAGAGGAGGCGGAGCAAAAGGUGGAGAUCAAAAUGCCUGAGGUGACGGACGGGUCCUGUCUGUCUGAGCAGCCAAUCAGAGAAAGCAUACGUUCCCAGGGGGCGGACCCUAACAGAAACAGACCGCCAGCUCCCAUCAGUCAACCGGCUGCCACGCUGGCUGGAGUACACACUCAGAGGGUGGAGGGUCUGAGGCGGGUGGUGAUUCCCAGAGAUCUGACGUAUCGUUUCCUCCUGCUAGCCGACUCCAACACUGCCAGAGGAAUAGAGACCUGUGGAGUGCUGUGUGGACGACUGACACACAAUGAGUUUGUGCUGACUCAUGUCGUGAUCCCGAAACAGUCGGCCGGUCCAGAUUUCUGUGACAUGGAGAACGUGGAGGAACUGUUCAGCUUCCAGGACCAACAGAACCUGCUGACACUGGGCUGGAUCCAUACUCAUCCCACUCAGACCGCCUUCCUCUCCAGUGUCGACCUCCACACUCACUGCUCGUAUCAGCUGAUGCUGCAGGAGGCCGUUGCCAUAGUCUGCGCUCCCAAACACAACGACACUGGUGUGUUCAGGCUCACUGGUCCGGGGAUGUCGGAGGUCUCUGGCUGCAGACUGAAAGGUUUCCAUCCUCACUCCAAGGAGCCACCUCUCUUCACUGUGUGUAAACAUGUGGUGGUGAGAGACUCAAAGAUCAGUCUGCUGGACCUCAGGUGACAGACAGGAGGCGCUGCAAGGCUUUUAUUUUGUCAAGAGGAAACUGAACACCCUGUGUGUGUGUGUGUGUGUGUGUGUGUGUGUGUGUGUGUGUGUGCUGCUAUCAGCUGCUGGUCGUCGCUUCUCUCUGUGGAUCAGUGUUAGCUGUGUAGCGUGUGCAGUGGGAGGAGCUAACAGGAGGAGUGGAGGGUGAAGUGCCUUUACAUCAACGCAUGAAUGUUUCCUGUCAGCAGCUCAUAUUUAACACACCUGGUCAGGUGAACCCUAAGGACCAAUCAUCUGUAUGUUUGUUGGAUCUGAUUCAGCAGCGGCUGCUUCAAUUGUCCCAACCAAUAAAAACCUGUUUUACUGCAGAGUCUAUUCACAGUGAGAGUUUGGAUUAAUCACAUGAUCUGUGGUCUGGUCUUGGUGAAUCCAGCAGCUGAAACCAGGACCAGGUCCAGAACCAGGACCAGACCAGAGACAGUAUCAGGUUAGUGAUGAACAGAGGGUUUCACCUCUCAGGUACACACCCCCCCACCUCCCCUUCUGAAACCAGACCAGCCGGAUCACAUGAACCUGUCAUUGCAGUUUUCAGAUGAUGGUUCACAGAGUCCAGUUCACAUCAUGUGAUGGUUUUGUUUGGUUCCCACCUGGUCUAAACUCAGGGUCCAGAUGUUCUCAGACUGUAAGUCUCAGUUCACGACUACAGAUUCUACAGGACUACAGAGUCUUCAGGACUACAGAGUCUAUAGGACUACAGAUUCCACAGGACUACAGAUUCCACAGGACUACAGAGUCUACAGGACUACAGAGUCUACAGGACUACAGAGUCUACAGAGUCUACAGGACUACAGAAUCUACAGGACUACAGAUUCUACAGGACUACAGAGUCUACAGGACUACAGAGUCUUCAGGACUACAGAGUCUACAGAGUCUACAGGAC